GCCGCUGUGGUAAGUUUAGUUUAAGUUUGCCUGGCGCCGAGCUCUGCGUGUUUUUGAGAGCUUUACCACCCGACUUCGGUUUAUCACGGGCAACUUUUAGUAACGCUGUACAUUGCGGCAUCUAUGAUAAUACCAUCAGUAAUGUUACACGCUGAGCGAGUAACGUACGAUGCUUGAGGGUUUUGUAAUGUUAUACACAAGAUGUUAGUGUUGCGUAGUGAGCUGGUGGAGUUGAGAACGCGGGACCGACACCGGGCCGCCGGUGGCAGUAGAUACGUGUUCCCCGCGGUGACAGGUGGCCCGCCGCCCUCACGCAAGUAACUCGCGUUCGCGAAACCUUCCCUUUUGUUUAUAACACUUGUUGUGCUCCCGGUUCGAUGACAACCAGCGGGAGAGUUUCCUAAAGUUAAAUUUGAAAUUGAAAUGUGAACUUUCAGUGUCGUGAAGUGUUUGGGGAAAACUAAACGGCGCGAUUAGUCAUGUUAACAAGUACGAUUAAAGUGAGAUUAUUAACAUAACUUUGAAGAUUUUCAUUGACAUAGUUCCAGCAUGGACUUUGCUGGUGUAAUCGAGUCGAGUUCUCAACACAUUUAGUCACCGGCGCCAGGCGCUCGCAGCACGAUGAUGGACUGCCUGUGCCCCGCGCCGCGCACGCUGGCCUGCCGCGUCGUGCUGCUGGAUGAGCGAGAACUGCUACACGAAAUACAGGAUAACAGUACGGGGCAAGCACUCUUGGACGUGGUUUUACGGCAUCUAGACCUGCUGGAAACAGCCUACUUUGGGCUGCGAUACGUUGACCAGGACAAUCAAACUCACUGGUUGGACGCCGGAAAGCGCCUGCGUCGGCAGCUGCGUGGGUCCGACCCGCACACCUUCUACUUCGGAGUCAAGUUCUACGCCGCUGACCCUUGCAAACUACUGGAGGAAAUCACGAGGUACCAGUUGUUCCUGCAAGUGAAGCAAGACGUGCUCCGCGGCCGGCUGCCCGUCAACUUCGACCUCGCGGCCGAGCUGGCAGCCUUCGUGCUACAAUCGGAGCUUGGUGACUACGAUCCUCGUCGGCACGUGUCGGGCUACGUGUCGGAGUUUCGGUUCCUGGCGCACCAAACCCCUGAGCUGGAGGCUCGCGCUGCCGACAUCCACCGUACGCUCACCGGCAUUUCACCGGCGCAAGCUGAACUGAGUUACCUGGAUAAAGUGAAAUGGCUCGACAUGUAUGGCGUCGAUUUGCACCCCGUUCUGGGUGAGGACAGCGUAGAAUAUUUCCUCGGGCUAGCGCCCAGCGGGCUGCUACUGCUGAAAGGAAAACACACCGUCGCUAACUAUUACUGGCCGCGCGUCUCCAAGUUGUAUUACAAGGGGCGCUACUUCAUGCUUCGCGUAGCGGACAAAAAUAAUGAGACGUCGACAUACGGCUUCGAGUCUCCAACGCGGUCGGCCUGCCGGCACCUGUGGCGAUGCUGCUCCGACCACCACGCGUUCUUCCGCCUCCAGCAGACUUCGCCAGCCUCCGCCGACAUUUUUGCGUUAGGAACUCGGCUGAGGAACAGCGGGAGAGGAGCCCGUCCGAGGCCGCCGCCGGCCUUCACGCGCACGCCAUCGCGGCGCAUCGCGCGGCCUCCACACGCCUCGAUGCACGACGUGCACAAACUAGAAGAUUUGAGAAUAAAAGACUGUCCCCCGGAAAUUAAACAACCUACCUCAAUACACCGACCGAUUUCCAUGAGCGUCGAAGGGACAUUGGAGCCGGCGCCAGCACCAGGCUCGCCUCGGUCGACGCGCUCCGCCCCGGCACGGCGGGGGCUGUACUCGACGUCGCCCAGCGCCACGCGGCCGCCACCAGCGCCCCGGCACCGCUCCGCAUCCGUCGACUCGCAGAGCUCCAAUGACUCGCGAUCCAACCGCAGGCAUAAGCACCGAUCUCGAAGACAGCAGUCGGACGCUGAAAGUGAGAUGUCGCGUGGUUCAGGACGCUCGGGGCGGCGGCACCGGCGGCACCGCUCGCGCCACAAGCACGAGUCCGGCUCCGAACACGACUCGCAACCCGAUACCAAAGAAUACGAGCUGGUGGAAUCUGAGUCCCAGUGGAAGGAGGUGCUGAGACAGACGACCGCCGGCAGCGGCGUUCAAGUUGCUAGCGUCCGUCGUUCACAAAUGGAACCAGAAACAGGAACGCACCGAUCGUCUCACAAACACAGAAGACACAGGAAACAUCGGUCUCGGUCUGGAUCUCCAAACGAUAAGAAAUGGCUGCCUAGCGAGCUGAAGCAACACUUAGAAUUUUCACUGGUCGAUACGGCGGGUAUGACGGAGGAACAACUCAAGGAGAUCCCCUACACCGUGGUACAGACUAGCCAUGCGCGGCAGACCAAACUAAAGACCUCCUCUCGGCAUAGACAGACGGAACACGGGUCAUUAGCGAGGCGAGAGAAGAGUUCCUUAACUCACAGCAAGAGCGCCCAUGACAACCAUAACCAAGGAUCGCUCCGAUCAAGCUCGAGCACCCUCAGCACGCACCGAACCGGCAUCGAGAAAUACGGAAGGCGUGUAUACCCGAGCUACGACGAGACCGUCGGCCGGAAUGGAGAUGAUUUCUUAACAAACAACGGAUAUAAAGGCAACGUGACGCCUGUUUCGAACAACAACAACCCUUACAGCCCAGUGACAAAUAGCAAUAGCAACAGCUCAAGCGGAGAAUUGAUAUCAGGGAGCGCGCGGGUCUCCCACGAACACACCGACUCGGGCCUGGGGGCCGAUCAGGAUUACGCCUAUUCUUCCGAAAGGUCGAGCGACAGCGCGAAGUGCGGCGCACCGGUGUCGGCGGCGCCAGUGAGUAGGCAGUGGCGCGUGGCGGACGGGCCGGGCGGCGCGGCGGUGGCGCGGCGGCCGCCGACGGCGCCGCGCGCGCGCAGCUCGGCGACGGGCUCGCAGCGCUCGCUGCUGUCCGUGGCUAGCGACAGCGCCACCUCGCGCCGCCCGCGCGAGCUCCUCCCUCGCUACUACCCCCAUCCUGCGGACACGGGCUUUUCUCUCUUCAGACAUGCUAGCAACAACAACAUAUUGGUCGGCGAGCCGGGCGGGUCGCUGGCGCGGCGGCACGUGCCGCGGCCGCAGCCGCGUGCGCCGCGCGACUCCCGCGAGGCGCGCGACCACAACGCCAACCUGGCGCGCACGCACGCGCGCAUCCACCGCCACGACAACACCCUCGACAUUAUCCUUAAGCCUCUCAUAGAAAGCACGCAGCUGCAGAGCAACUGAAUUCUUCGAGCGAGGCGGCGGGGGGCUCGGGCGCGGACGGGCCGCCGCCGGCCGGCGCCAAAACUUCGGCCACGGCUGAAAUGAGCACCGAGCUGUGAACCGGCUUCAAUUUAUACU